GCCUGUCAGGGAGGAAAAAUAAACGCAGUGAGCAGAGCUCCACACCCUGAAGGGAAGGAGAAGUUUCACUGCAUUCCUGUCCUGCAACUCAACUUUCAAUCAACCAUCUGCAAGGACAGAUCCGUAGUGUGUAAGUGUGUGUGUUUAGGUCUGUGUUCAGGACCCCUGACCAGGCCCCACCUUUAUUUCAGGACAACUGUGUGUGUGUAUGUUCGUGUGUGUGUUGUCUUUGCUAUUGUGUGUGUUCAAACAUCAUACUGGAGGGGGUGUGGUCCAGCUAUCCACAUACGCCUAUUGACCUAUACCUCAGCGCCCUGUCAGGGAGAUGAUGACAUCACUAGGUGAUAAAGGUGAAGGCCACAGGGAGACAACGGCAUUGCUGGGUAAUGAAGAUGAAGGCUCCGUCCAAACCCAGACGAAGGUCCUGAACCAGGGCUCCUGGACGCAGGUCAGCUGUCCCUGCUGUGUGUCUGAGCAGGUGGAGCCCCUGGUCCUCAUUCAGCUUUCAGACAACAUCCAGCCUGUCACCAAGAGGUGGCUCAUCUCCCUGAUCGAGGUGUCCGAGAGAGACGGAGGCGCAGCGUUGCUGGCCCACCCUGGAGAGGAUGAGUGUGGGGAUGUGAUCGUGGUGUCUGCUCCUCGCUGCACCCUCCUCAGAGCCACAGAGGACUUGGGUCUGUGUAAGAAAUACCACAAUGGAGACAUGGUUGCUUUCUCCUACAAUGACAGAGACAACUUCAGAAAUGUUGAUGACAUGCAGGAGUUCCUGACGCUAGCGGAGCGUCAGUACAUAGUCAAGUAUGAGCUGGACUUUCUAAGGGCCCAGAAGGGGCAGAAAAUCCCUGGAGUCCCUGAGUCUCAGGGGGUCCUGAAGGCCAGGGAGAACAUAUGUCAGAAGCUAGAGAAGGCGGGAGUGAUAAAGGACAUCUUCCCUCUGCAUGACAAGCAGAGACUGACAGACCUGUGCAGAAACUGGUACUCUGGGAAGCAGAUAUGGGGACAGCCUCUUGACUCUAUCCAAGCCUACUUCGGAGGCACCGUGGGGUUUUACUUCAGUUUUCUGGACUUCUACACCUGGGCUCUGGUGCCCCCUGCUAUCCUAGGCCUGGUGCUGACCUUUCUGCUGCCUGGAGGUGGAUCAGGAGCUGGAGUUGUAAAGGAGCAGGCUGGGGGGGUGGUAGAGGUGGACGACAGCCCCUCGGUCAGCGGUCACAUGGUACAGGCCGUGUUCAGCAUGUUGUGGUCCACGCUGGUCAUGGAGUUCUGGAAGCGACGCAGCUCCUCCCUCUCCCACCGCUGGGGCUUGCUGCACCUGGCCGAGCGCUUCGCUGAGCCCCGCCCUGGUUUCCACGGCACCCUGGGGAUCAACCCUGUGACCGGGCGGCUGGAGCCCCUGUUCCCGGAGUGGCAGAGGCAGCUGCGUGUAGGCCUGGUGUCUGUGCCCCUGGUGGGGUUCUUCCUGGGGAUGGUGGUGCUGGGUAUGACAGGGUUCUACCACGGAGAGGCACUGGCACAGGGCUUCCAUCAGGACAGCGACUCCCUGUUCUCUGGAGCUCUGCUCUACCUGCCCUCUGUGGCUCACAUCAUCUACACCAACAUGCUGGGGAAUGUGUACCGCACUGUGGCCAUGCAACUCACCGAGUGGGAAAACCACAGAGAGGAGUCCUCCUUCCAGAACCAUCAUACCACCAAAGUCCUCCUGUUCACUUUCUUCAACUACUUUGCUGUGCUAUUUCACAUUGCCUUCUACAAACAAGACCUUUCACUUCUAAGGAAGAGGCUUGCGUCUCUGCUAAUCGUGACCCAACUGGUGAACCAGUGUACAGAGGUGGUGGUGCCGUUCAUAGUGGACCGCUUCUUCAGUGCUCCUCAGAAGAAGCAGCAGGAGGAUGACCCAAAUGUGGACAAACUCAGAGCCCAGAGAAGCCUGCCCCCUUUUCCAGGCCUAUUUGCUGAGUACAUUGAGUUGCUGGUGCAGUUUGGGUAUUUGAGUCUGUUCUCCUGUGUGUACCCGCUCACCGCCGUCCUCCUGCUCCUCAACAACGUCACAGAGAUCAGAGCAGAUGCAUACAAGAUCUGUAAACUGUUCCGAAAACCCUUUUCAGCCCCUGUGUCCAACAUAGGAGUGUGGCAGACAGCGUUUGAGGUUCUGGGGUUUGUUUCAGUUAUGUCUAACUGCUGGCUGUUGCUACUGUCUCCUCGGGUCCGGGAGUUCUGUCUGGAGGGAGGGAUUAGCGGCAGAAACAUCAUUCUCUUCGCCAUUCUGGUCGAGCAUGUCCUGAUCCUGGUCAAGAUGAUUCUUGCUUUUAUGAUCCCAGACGAACCAGACUGGGUCAGAAUCAAGAGGGAACAGAUUGAGUUUCACUCCAUGCAAGCUCUUGGGCAGCAGAAGCUCUAAAGGUUGUGGAACCCCCAGUGGUGGAAAAGUACUCAAUUGUCAUACUUGAGUAAAAGUAAAGAUACCUUAACAGAAAAUGGCUCAAGUAAAAGUGAAAGUUACCCAGUAAAGAACUACUUGAGUAAAAGUCUAAAAGUAUCUGGUUUUAAAUGUACUUAAGUACAGUGGUAGAAAAAGUACUACAUUGUCAUACUUGAGUAAAAGUACAAAGUAAAAGUAAAUGCUGUACAUAAAAUUCCUUAUAUUAAGCAAACUAGUUGGCACUAUUUUCGUGUUAUUUUUAAUUACGGACAGAAAGGGGCACACUUCAACACUCAGACAUAAUUUACAAACACAGUAGUUGUGUUUUGUGAGUCCGCCAGAUCAUAGGCAGUAGGGAUGACAAAGUGUUAUAUUGAUAGGUGCCAUAAUUCUGCUUGAGCAUUCUAAUUGUAAUGAGUACUUUUGUGUGUUAGGGAAAAUGUAAGGACUAAAAAGUACAUUCUUUUAUUUAGGAAUGUUGUGGAGUAAAAGUAAAAGUAGUCAAAAAUAAAAAUAGUGAAGUACAGAUACCCCAAAAAACUACUUAAGUAGUACUUAAAAGUAUGUUUACUUAAGUACUUUACACCACUGGGAACCCCUGAGGGGAAGUCCAUAAUCUGUCUCCUGUUGCCCUUCAAAUGUUGGUCUGGACCUGGGGGCUCAUUAGAAUCAGCUGCCAUGGCGAUGAGGGAGAGGAGGAUCCUAAGAGAUGUCUGUCUGACCUCUAAACCUAAAUCCUGGAGCCUGCCAGAGUCUGCCCUGAGAAGCUCUGUCAGUCUCAGUAUCUCACCCUGGAGGACUGCUCUAGUCAUAACUAGAGAAGUCUCUCAUGUCAUGGAAGAUGGCAGGGGUGUCAAACUAAUUUUGGUCCGGGGGCCAUUUGGUCUUCAUCGAGGUCCGGAGAGCUGCACUGAAAAUGUGCUAUAUUUCCUCACUGUCAAAACGUGCAAAAAAAUCUUCUCUAUUGUUUUUGAAAAUGUUACUCCUUGUCUGUCUAGCUUUCAUUUCGGUGAUUUGCUGGACACACUCAAGAAACUGUAAGAAUGUAGGCCCAUUAGCAUUUCUACACAGUUUCAAUGUUGUUUUAGUCAUUUCAAAGUAUAAUGAGUUUGAUUCCCCCUUAAAAAUGCAUAAUAAUAAUUUUUAAGAAUAAUAUAUACGGUACCAGUCAAAAGUUUGGACAAUAAUAAUUUAAAGAAUAAUAUAUAUAUAUAUAUAUAUAUACAGUACCAGUCAAAAGUUUGG